GACUGCAGCAACAACAACAACAGGAAGUAUUUCAAGUACAAGUGCUGUUUUCCCUGAGUUCUUUCGGUCUUCGUACUACGACGCCAUCAACGUGAAAUGGAUGAAUAUAGCGAAACAGACAUUUUCCAACAGUUUCUUGGUGUGAAUUUAGUGUCAAGAAAAAAUGGCACACAACGACACAACGACACGUCACUUGGCGAUUUCUCAGAGAUGUGGUAUGUAGUUUUUCUGUGGGCAGCAGUUUCCUCGAUGAUCUUCCACCUUCCCGCAUCUCUGCUGUCAUUCAUUGCACUUCGGCAGCACAAAAUGGCCCGAUUGAUGCCCAUUGCCAUCCUCUUGAUGGGCAUCCUUGGACCAGUGGGUGGAGGAGUCCUCACCAGUGCAGCCAUUGCAGGAGUUUACAAGGCAGCGGGGAAGAAGAUGACCUCUCUGGAGGCUCUAGUUUUUGGUGUGGGACAGUCCUUCUGUAUUGUUGUUAUUUCCUUUCUUCGAGUGCUCGCCACCCUUUAGCAGCGCUGAAGCUGCUUGGUUGCGAUUUUAAGUCACACUUUUCUGCUGGUCAGACAAUUUGAGACCAAUUGGGCCUUGCAUGUGUCGUUUCCUGCUGUGGAGCAGUCCGAAUGUGAAGUUUCUCAUGCUAAAACAUUACUGUAGAAAAAAAAAUGCAGGCACUGGCCCUGGUUGUGUGUCAUAAGCAGCACAAAAAGAACAAUAUAAGAAACUGGAAAGCUGCGGCACAGAGUGGACCCCAAGAAUCCCAACAGACAGACCCAAGAGAAAACAUGGUGGAACAUGUAAAAGGAUUAAAACAAAAAAGUGAA